AGCUAACACCUAAUCAUCAAGAAAGAAAGGAAUAAUGGCAGUGAGUAAGUUGGCAUUGGUUGCUUCAAUGAUGGCUUGCAUGAUGAUAACUUCCUCUAAUGGUGAAUCAACCUUGACAUGUGAUCAAGUGACUGUUUGGCUGCUUCCAUGCAUACCUUAUGGAAUAUUUGGAGGGAAUGUGACAUCGUUGUGUUGCGAAGGUGUAUACUCUUUGAAUGCAGCGUACAAGAGUGGGGAAGAUCGAAGAGGAGCAUGCCAAUGCAUUAAGGACAGAGCUGCACUUAUCCCAGGCAUGGACUAUAACCAUGUUAAUGAAGUUCCUGGAAGAUGUGGCACUAAGUGUCCCUUCAAAGUCUACCCUUCUACUAACUGUUCUGCUGUGAAGUGAGCAAGCAAUUAUCAGCAGAAGGGUGCAAUAUUAUUGUAUGAAUAAUGAAAAACAAUUAUAUGUGUGUAUUUAGAUAGAAGGAAAUAAGGAGUAUGGAUUGUGUGUAA